GUUUGAGAUCUAGAGCCUUCCACAUGAUCUUUAUCUUUGUUGUCGGAUAAUAUUCAUGUUCUUCCUUCUGUCCAUUAUUCGCGAUAGUUAUCGCCUGAAUUUGUUGGUGGGUCGCCUUCUUUUUGUUUCUGGUGUGGUCUUGUUUUGAGGUUCCAUUGGAAUUAUAUCUCGCUGCACGCCAAUCGGGUGCCUUCUAGGUGGGCUUUGGAUCUUGGUUUUGUUGGACAUAUAUAUCUUCCAUGGAAGGUAUCAUCACUAGAAGGGUCAUUCCCUCAGACAACAGUUGCCUCUUUAAUGCUGUUGGGUAUCUCAUGGACCAUGACAAAACCAAGGCUCCUGAGUUAAGACAGGUCAUUGCUGCUACUGUAGCAAGUGAUCCCGAGAAAUAUUCAGAAGCAUUUCUGGGAAAGCCAAAUGAAGUAUAUUGUGCUUGGAUUCAAGACUCAGAGAAGUGGGGAGGUGCUAUUGAACUUUCAAUACUAGCAGACUACUAUGAACGUGAAAUAGCGGCAUAUGACAUCCAGACAACACGCUGUGAUCUGUAUGGUCAGGAAAUGAGGUACAGUGAGAGGGUCAUGCUGGUUUAUGAUGGGCUUCAUUAUGAUGCACUAGUAAUCUCACCGUUUGAGGGAGCUCCGGAGGAUUUCGAUCAGACUAUAUUUGAGGUGCCGAAAGAUAGGACAAUUGGUCCAAUAGAGGCACUUGCCCUUAAUUUUAUCAAGGAGCAGCAGAGGAAAAGGAAGUAUACAGAUACCGCCAACUUCACUCUACGCUGUGGAGUAUGCCAAAUUGGAGUCGUCGGCCAGAAGGAGGCCGCGGAGCACGCGCAAGCGACAGGGCAUGUCAAUUUUCAGGAAUACCGGUGACAAGUUGUGGAUGAAACAUGUAUUGCUUUUCUCGGAGGGAGCUCGUCUUGGACUUAGCCUUGCAGAUCAGUUUAUAUGUUUUGUCAUCAUGGCACAAUCAAAGCGACAACUAAAAUGAUCUUGAAAUGUUAGUGCAAUUGAGUUGUACCAAGGAGAAAAGAAUGAAUUUCAUGAUUCAAUCAUAAUGUUUUCCAAAGUUUUCAA